UGUCAAAUACUCAGUCUCUCCUGCAGCAAGAGUCAGGCUCUGCUGUAGGGCAGUCACCAGAAGCAUCCUUCAUUCAGAGAUUGCAUGCCAAAGGGCAUUUGAUGCCUGUGUAUAACGAUUUACAAGCUAUCAUCCAAAGCGAAAAGGAAUUACUCAAUAAGCAAGGCAGUGGUCUGGAAGAGGAAACUAGAUGGCCAGAACAAUUUGAGAGGUUGAAGAAGGAUUUAGGGACAGUGAUGGAGAUUAUUGUUACAGAUAUUUGGAGAUUAGAGAUGGAAAGAGGGGGACUUGAGGGAGAUGAGAGGGAGAAAGGGUAGAGAGAUGGAGGAUAGGAGGUGUGAGAGGGAUGAAAAGGAUGGAAAUGAGGGAGGAAAUGAGAGUAGCCUGAAGACUACGCAGAGAAUGAUACUUAUGCACCAAUUAGAGCAAGAGAAAGAUGUUUCUCAGAGAGUUGUAGAGGAUACUAGACCAGUCAAUAUUAAGAUUACUAAUUCACUCACAGCGAAAAAUUUGGGAAGAAAUCAUAGUAGAAGGAAAGCUCAGUAUCAACAUAAAACUCCAGAACAUUCUCCUAAACCCAUCAACAAGGGUAGGAAAAGGUUUCUAAAAAUGAGAUCAAGAACAAGAAAAACUAUAAGAAAGAGAAAACAUCAGAAGUCUAUAAUCUGUCACUCAGGGAGAAAAUUUGUUGAAGAGGAUCUACAAAUCAGCUUAUGAUGAGCCACAAAUGAACUAAAAAUGAUACCAAAGCAAAAAAUAAUAACUGGAAAGGAAAUCACUAAGUUCUACAAUAAUCUAGUCCCCAGUGAUUUCUCCCGAAUUUCUUCUAGCCCAGUGACUUUCAACAAGGCUCAUCGGUUCAAAGAGAGGUUUGAAAAAUCACCUGGGCCUGGUCAUUACACCCCUCAAAGACAACAGAUGAGCAGUUGCAAGUCUUCAAAAUCAAUCUUGAAUCGGACAAAUCCAGAAGGCUGUACUAUCCAAUUGUGGCCCCUCAACUAAGUUUCAAUCCUGAUAUCCAAAA